AUGUCCCCGGUUACAGUCUAUCGAGCUCAAUUAGUAUCAAAGAAGGAUUUGGAAACUAUACGAAACACUUCAAAUAUUCUUUUGUCGAUACAAACAUUUAUUUUGGCCUCACGCUCUUUACGCUUCGUAACUGAUUUAUGUCGUCGAGCCAUUGACAGUCAACUUAUCGUGAUUCUCUUUGAAUUUAAUAUAUCUGAAAAUACACUCAGAGCAAACUUAAAUUCAGAUACAGUUAUUCUUAGUUUAGGUGCCCUUUUUCGAUUAGUUUGCACCGAUGUCGCCCCCGACGGGGUUUUACAUGUUCAGCUUGAAUCUGCUGAGGAAUUCAUGCAUGGUAUAAAAGAACAAUUACAGUACAAGAUCGGUGGACGACUUGCCUGGCUAACAUUCGGUAAUUAUUUGGCUUAUCGAAAGCAGUUCAGUGCUGCCAAAGAGUACUGUUAUUAUCUGUUACAUGUGCUUCCAGACAAUCAUUCAAGUCGUGCAUCGAUCUACAAUAAUAUAGGUUUAAUCUGCUUAGCAAUGGACGAUGAUCAAGAAGCUUUCGACUGGUUCAAGAAGGCAACUUCAUCAAAUUUUUCAGUUUUAACAAAAGAUCUUGGUGAAGGAAUAUCAACAGCUACAGACUUACUGUUACCUCAAGAUUCUCUUACCAGCCCAACAGUAUUAUUGAGCAAAAUGGCCGAAAUUAGCGAUCGUUUGGGAAAUCAAACGACAGCCCUUGACUUAUAUCGACAAGUACUUGAGAUAACCACUGAUGUGAAUUUACAGGAACUUUAUCAAGAGAAAAUUACAGCUCUUUUAUUUGUUGAUGACAAUUAUUAA